AUGUUAACUUUUUACUCCAUUAUUUGUUUACAGACUGGUAAGGCUUGGAUUCAUCUGCUCCUCCUCUGCAUGUGCUWCCAUCCAAAGACCCAACCUGUGGCAUGCACUCCUUUAUGGAUGUUACCCAACUUCCCCUGUGACGUCACAGCCUUURACACCUCCAAGGUCCUAUUUGACUGCAGAGGACGCAGACUAGAAGCUGUACCUCGCGGGAUAACUGGCAACGCAACUGAUCUCGACUUAUCAGAAAACUUCAUUAAGAGAAUUGACGCUGAUGCCUUUUCUGGUCUGCUGAAUUUGACUUGGCUCAAUCUCAACUGGGCAAACAAGAACAAGAAUGUGAGAAUUAUGGCGAAUUUCAAAAACCUAACCAAACUGCGUGAGCUGAAACUGACUGGGCUGCGUAUGAAGGAAGUCCCACAAACCAUUCCUGUCAGUGUGGAAGUCCUCGAGCUGGUCAACAACCAGAUCACACUCCUAACAAAAACAAGCCUUGCCAACUUAACAAACCUGACCCAGCUGUGGUUUUCCAGAAACUGCUACUUUGGCAAUCUGUGUGGAAAACACAUUGAAAUUGAAGACAACAGUUUUGCUAAAUUGAUCAAACUACAAGUUCUGGACCUGUCUUUUAACAACCUGAGCCACGUUCCUAUAGGAUUACCCCAAUCUUUAAACAAGCUGAAUCUCACCGCAAAUGGAAUACAGCACAUAUUUAAAGAUGAUUUUUCUGGAUUGUGUAAUUUAAGAGUCCUUAAACUGCAAGGAAAUUGUCCAAGAUGUCAAAAUUCUCUGCAUCCUUGUGUUCCUUGCACUAAUGGUUCUCUUGACAUUGACGCAGAUGCAUUUGAAAAUCUAACGCACCUUUACUCACUUAAUCUGGCAGGAAACUCCCUGAAAUAUCUGAAUCCAUCUUGGUUUAAGAACCUGACUGAACUCAGAAAUYUGUUCCUUUCAGAAAACUUCUUGAUGAAAUCAGUUACUGGAGAAAAGGCUGUGUUUUUAACAUACCUCUCAAAGCUUGAAAUAAUAGAUAUUUCUUUCAACUUUGCUUCUAAGGAUUACCCGGACACAAUAAGUCUCUCAAAGGAAUUCUCAAACCUUACAUCUUUAAAAACUUUGCACAUGGAAGGGAUGGUCUUCAAGACUCUUGACCAAUCCACACUUGAACCUUUAUAUAAACUUGAAAAUCUGACUGCGCUGAAUUUAGGUACUAACUUUAUUAUUAGCUCUGACCCCAGUGUUUUCAGAAAAUUCCACCAUUUGAAAAUGAUUUACCUUGCAGAGAACAGGCUAUAUCCCAUUCCAAAAACAACCCUCCGAAAACCAAGAUGUGGAUACCCUCAGAGGUCAGAUCUUUCUGUUUCAUCGUUCAUAAAACCCAAACCACAGCUGUUCACUCACGAGUUAACCCACGGUCUUAUAAAAGAGGAGUGCUUUGAGGCGGGACGGGUCAUAAGCCUCAGCUCCAACAAUCUGUUCUUCAUUUCUCCUGAGCAGUUUGAGGGAUACGGAGACAUCGCCUGCCUCAACUUGUCAGGGAAUGGAUUCUCAGCAGCACUCAAUGGCACAGAGUUCUCCUCGCUGCCUAAUUUGACCUACUUGGACCUGUCCUUCAAUAAGGUUGAUCUGGCCUUCGAUGGCGCCUUUAAAGAACUAAAGAAACUGGAAGUUCUGGACCUCAGCUACAACCCGCACUACUUCAGAGCAUUCGGGAUAACACUCAAUUUGAACUUCAUGAAAAAUUUGCCUGUCCUGAGAGUGCUGAAUAUGAGUCACAAUUCCAUUUCCAAGUUAACAACGAAACAGAUGCACAGCAAAUCGCUAGCCGAACUUCGGUUCACGCAUAACUCCCUCGGAGUUCUCUGGAAACACAGCGACGGCUCCUACGAGAACCUUUUCACCUAUCUCACCAAUUUGACAAUUUUAGACAUGUCUCACAACUACAUUAAAAGCAUUCAUACCAACAUUUAUGAAAAUCUGCCUCGUAACCUCACAGUGCUAUGCAUCAGCCAUAACAAACUGAUAGAGUUUUUAUGGGACAAACUGAAAUAUUUGCCUAAACUUAAGAUUUUAGAUUUGAGCUACAAUUCUUUGACUUAUUUAGCAGGGGAUAACUCAACAAUCAGCAACUCUUUGACUUCACUUGAUUUAAGGGGCAACAAAAUUUUCCACUUGGAAAACAGUUUUUUUAACGGCUUGAAAAGCCUUGAAACUCUUGGCCUCAGCUACAACAAACUAAACAUCAUCAAUCAAACGACUUUCGAACUGGGACCAGAGAGUAAACUUAAGACUUUGUUUUUGUUGGAAAACCCAUUCCAGUGUACUUGUGAAUCAUUAGACUUCAUUUUGUGGGUAGGAAAAAACAGAAUAAGGAUUCCCAGACUGACGACUGCAGUGACGUGCGGCACACGCGCAAAGGACAGAAACAAACCACUGAUAAGCUUUGACCUCACACCGUGUGUAAAUGACGAUCAGGCGUUCAAGAUGUACAUCCUCACAAGUUUCUUUAUUAUUGCCUUUAUGGUUGCGGCAACAAUUGCUCAUUUAUUUUACUGGGAUGCCUCCUAUAUCUUACACUUUUUGAAUGCAAAGCUGAAGGGAUACAAAUCUUUGCACUCACCAGAUAACAUUUACGAUGUCUUUGUAACCUACGACACCAAAGAUCCACAUGUCUCUGAGUGGGUGAUGAGGAACUUGCGAGUGAAACUGGAAGAGGAAGGUGACAAGCAGCAUCCUCUUUGUUUGGAGGAGAGGGACUGGACCCCGGGAGUCCCACUAGUGGAUAACCUCAUGCAGAGUAUCCGAUACAGUCGUAAAACUUUGUUCGUCCUGACAAAAGGCUACGUUGAGACCGGUGUCUUCAAGCUGGCAAUGUAUCUGGCCCACCAAAGACUGCUGGAUGAGAACGUAGAUGUGAUUGUGCUGCUGAUGCUGGAACCUGUGCUGCAGCACUCGCACUUCUUGCGUCUCAGGAAGAGGUUGUGUGAGAAAAGUGUCGUGGAGUGGCCGAGAACGGCAGCAGCCGAGCCCUGGUUUUGGCAAAACCUGAGGAAUGUUGUGAGAGUGGAUAAUCAGAUUAUGUACAACAAAACCUACUCAAAGUUCUUCACUGGCAAGUGAAAAAGAAAGCCAGUCAGCGAAAACAAUCUGCAAACUACCUGUUUUUAU